AAGCUACGGUUUUAGCUUAUUUUUCUCAUUUUUCUCGACAUUAAAGUUUCUUUUUUUUUUCAAAUUUUUUUUAGCUCAAUUGGUCCUGCUGCUGCUGUUCCCGGUCUUCUAGAAUCUUUUGACUCGGACUCCCCUGAUUGGGGAUCGGCGAUCGGCGAGCUAGGGUUUUCUCGAUCUCGUUAAUCGAGGGUUUUCGUUCUAUGGAUGAAAUUGCGUUCAUAAAGAUUACGAUGUAUCUUGCAAGAGAAGCUACCAAGUUAUGGAGGAAGAUUGCAACAGAGACUGCUCUAGAGGUGCAGAUUCUUUUGGAAAAGUGGCAUCUUUUGCUCCUAGGGCUUAUUUUUCAGUAUAUUCAUGGGUUGGCAGCUCGAGGAGUUCACUAUUUACAUCGACCUGGACCUGUUCUCCAAGAUCUUGGGUUCAUGAUCCUUCCGGAGCUUGGAAGGGAGAGAUCUUAUAUUAGUGAGACUGUAUUCACCGUCAUCUUUCUCUCAUUUCUCUUGUGGACAUUUCACCCUUUCAUUUUCCACAGUAAACGCUUCUAUACAGUUCUAAUAUGGCGGAGGGUGCUGGCUUUUUUAGUUGCCUCACAGAUGUUACGGAUUGUUACAUUCUAUUCUACUCAACUUCCUGGGCCUAACUAUCACUGUCGUGAGGGUUCCGAACUUGCCACAUUGCCCCCUCCUGAUAGCGUGUGGGAAGUGCUUCUAAUUAACUUCCCUCGAGGAGUCAACUAUGGUUGUGGUGAUCUGAUAUUUUCAUCCCACAUGAUAUUCACUCUGGUGUUUGUGCGUGUAUACCAUAAAUAUGGCUCUAAGAGGUUUAUCAAGGCUCUUGCUUGGUUGAUGGCUAUUAUUCAAAGUCUGCUUAUAAUCGCUUCUCGCAAGCAUUACUCAGUUGACGUUGUUGUUGCAUGGUACACUGUAAAUUUAGUGGUAUUUUUUGUUGACAAGCAACUACCAGAAAUGCCUGAUCGAACUGGUGGUGCCUCACCGCUGUUGCCACUGAGCUCCAAAGAAAAAGAUAGAACCAAAGAGGAGAACCACAAGUUAUUGAAUGGGAAUUCCAUUGAUACUGCUGAUUGGAGACAAAGGACGCAAAUGAAUGGGAAGCAUCUAGAAAAUGGCAACCAUGUCCAUUCUGAAACAAUGAACGGUUCAUGACGAUUGGACUGAUAUCGUAAUUGAUGGAGUAUUCGAUUUUGAUUGGGGCUGCCCGCAUUAGCUCCCCAGAUUAGAAGCCUUUGCCAAGCCCUAGCAGCAUCCUUAUGGUAUAUAAUCCACGGGUAUAGUUCCUAAGAUUUGAUACCCAGCCCGGAUGCAUCCUUACGUCUUAUAAUUCAUUGGUUGUGACCGAAGGUCUAUAAGGAUCGAAGUUGUAACUUCAAAGGGGAGACAAUAGAGAGCAGUUAUGCUUCUAUUGUGGUGAUCAUGCCACAAAUUCAAUGUACCAUGACUUUUGAUUAUGUGCAGCUUAAUAAGGAUAGUGUAGUCCUUCACAUUUGAUCAAAGCUUGUGCUAUCGAUGGUGAUUCUUUUUUGUAUGUGAAUGCUGGUAUCUGUU